UGAUUGUAAGUAAACGUGAUAUAAAAUAGUUGACAGUAAGACCGUUUUGAUAGCAGCGCCCUUGAUAGGGUAGAAGACAGCUGUCGAAACUGAUUGAAACGUAAAUUUUUAGUGCUAAGUGUCAUUGUAUCUGUUUUACGUAUAUAUAUAUAUACAUAUAUUUUUUUUUCCUCCCUUAUAAAAACGUAGCCCUAAGGCUGAAAAUAUAUUACGGUUAUAAAAAUGAGAGAAGCAGGGAUAAUGUUAAUAAGUGCAGCAUUAACGUGCGCCGUAAUUGGCAAUGCCUAUUAUCAAAGAAAACAAUUUUAUCCGACGGUAGUCCACAUAACCAAAUCAAAUCCGAGCAUGACCGUAAUCUAUGCUCAAACUUUAAUACUUGUUUUCAUGAUAAAUGCAUUCCUUAGAAAGUUAUUUUUUGGUACUUUGCGUGCUGCUGAACUCGAGCAUUUGGUUGAAAAAGUAUGGUAUGCAGUAACAGAGACUUGUUUAGCUUUUACAGUGUUUAGAGACGAUUUCAGUCCUAAAUUUAUAGCAUUAUUUACACUUUUAUUGUUCCUUAAAUCAUUUCACUGGUUAGCCGAAGAUCGUGUCGAUUAUAUGGAAAGAAGUCCAGUGAUAACAUGGCUGUUUCAUCUUAGAGUCGUUACAUUAUUAGGACUUCUAUUUAUUAUUAAUUUAACUAUGAUUCAUUAUGCAUAUAAUACUACUGCAACUAAAGGUCCUUCUGUACAACUUGUCUUUGGAUUCGAAUACGCAAUUUUGUUGACUGUUGUAAUAAAUAUUACGGUGAAAUAUGUAUUACACACAAUAGAUUUACAAAGUGAAAAUCCAUGGGAUAAUAAGCCAGUAUUUCUUUUAUAUACAGAUUUGGUUAUCGGUUUAUUAAAGGUCGCCCUAUAUGUUGCUUUUGUAAGUUUAAUGAUUAAACUGUUUACUCUACCCUUAUUCGCACUUCGUCCUAUGUACUAUACAAUGCGAGAUUUCAAAAAGGCAUUCCAUGAUAUUGUAAUGUCUCGCAGAGCUAUUAGAAACAUGAAUACACUUUAUCCGGAUGCAACGCCAGAAGAGUUAGCAGCUGCUGAUAAUGUAUGCAUAAUAUGUCGAGAAGAAAUGGUAUCGGCAAGUAAAAAGUUGCCAUGUAAUCAUAUUUUUCAUACUGCGUGCCUUCGUUCUUGGUUUCAACGUCAACAAACUUGUCCGACGUGUCGUUUAAAUAUUUUGAGACCAACCACAAAUAAUACAGGUACAAGACAACAGAAUCCACAGCAAAAUCAACAAGCACCCCAACCUCCACCAGCGCCAGUCUUAAAUCCACAAGGUCAGGGCUUCCAAUUACCAGGUUUUUGGGCUGGAUUACAAGCUCCAGGUGUGAUGCCACAACCACAAGGUCAAAAUAAUGCUGGAACUGUUCCUUUGGCACCAUUCCCAAAUUUACCAACAGGAAGUGUACCAAUUUUUGCUCCUCCAUUUCCUCCUAUGGUACCAUUACCACCUAUUCCUACACCUCCACCUAAUUUAACGGAACUUACAGAAGAUGAACUCAGAGCAAUGGAGGGUAAUUUACGACAAGCGGUAGAAGCAAGAAUACAAACAUUACAGAGAGUACAGCUGUUAUUAGAUGCUGCUAAUGCUAUGAUGAAUCAAUAUCAAGCAGCAGCUGCUACUGCUAACAUACCUAAGCCUACAGUUCCAACUUCAGCUCCUUCAGCUUCAGCUCAAACUACAGCAACAACAUCAGCACCAGAAGAAAAUAAAGAUGUACCAAAAGAUACGGCUAAAAAGCAAGAAAAAGAUACAUGCCUGGCUAGUACAAGCGAAGGCGAAAGUUAUCGUGCUGCAAAAGAUACAGAUUCUGCUUCUGUUUCAAAUAAAGUUAACGAAAGUAAUGUUGUUAGUCCAUCAUGCACAAGUAAUAAUGAAAUAGCUUCAGAAUCAUCAUCAAAAAAUGAAACAGAACCAACGAGCGAUCAAGAAAUGUUAAGGAGACGUAGGCUACAGAAAUUUUUAGCUCCGACCUCAACAGAAUGAGUAGUUUUUAAGUUAUUUAAUAAAUUAGUUUUUUUCAUUAAUGUCCGUUCUCAAUUACAGAUAUGAUCAGCGAUCAAAGGAAAUCUGUUGAACGAAUAUAGACUGCAACUAAGAAAUAAAUUAUUAACAGUGGGUAAAUAAUUUUA